AUGCGUGCCGUCGGCGUCUCACAGUACGGCCCCGUCGAGAAUCUGCAACCUAGGAAAGUGCCUAGGCCAGCACAGCCAACUGGUCGCCAGAUCUGGGUCCAGGUGAAAGCCGUCUCCGUCAAUCCGAUCGAUAUCAAGGUCCGCAACGGCACAUACGACGACGCCCCCGACUACUAUGACCGGGUCAAGCCACUGACCCAGGAGUCGCCAAACCUCCACAUCAUGGGGUAUGAUGGUGCCGGCGUCGUCGUCGAGACCGGUCCCGACGUCAAAAGCAUCAAGCCGGGCGACGAGAUCUUCUACCUAGGCUCGCCCGUGCUGCAGGGCUCGUACGCCGAGGAGCAGAUCGUGGACGAGCGGCACGCAAGCCACAAGCCCAGCUCGCUCGACUUCGUGCAGGCGGCGGCCAUGCCGCUGACGUACGGCACGGCCUACGAGUCGCUGGCCGACAGACUGGAGAUCAAGAAGGGCGAGAACGCGGGCAUAUUGAUCAUCAACGGAGGCGGCGGCAUGGGGUCCAUCGCCUCGCAGAUCGCCCGCCGCGUGCUGCAGCUGCCCGUCGUGAUCACGACGGCGUCGCGGCCCGAGACGGAGCAGUUCUCCCGCAAGAUGGGCGCCACGCAUGUCGUCAACCACCGUGAGGACAUCGUGCGGCAGAUCCGCGAGCUGGACCUACCGGCCGGGGUCCCCCUGAAGUACGCCUUCAUAACCUCGCGCACCGAGCAGUACCUCGCACCGAUCGCAGACAUUCUGGCGCCGUUCGGGAAAGUCUGCAGCAUCGUGCAGGCCAAGUUCGACAUGUACGGGACGCAGUUCAUGAGCAAGUCGCUGACGUUCGCGUGGUGCUGGCUCGGGAGCGGGGCGUACCACGGCUACGAGAACGACCGGCAGGAGAAGCACCACGAGUGGUACGAGGAGCUGGGCCGGCUCGUGGACGAGGGCGUCGUGAAGUGUCAUCUGACGCAGAGGUUGCGGCUCACGGCCGAGGGCAUCAGAGAGGCUCAUCGCAGGGUCGAGUCGGGGACGACGGUAGGCAAGAUUGCGCUUGGUGUGGAUGAGCCGGGGGAUGGAGAGGCGUUUCGUUGA